AUGAUCGUGCUGCUUCUAAGCAUGCUGAUGGUGCCCUGUGUUGGGGGCCAUGCUCUGGACACUCCACAGCUUCCACAGGAGCUGCCUCCAGAACCCUCAAAAAAUAUCAAUAUCACGCUCUUCAAUGGGAUGUUUAAAAAUGUGGAAAGUGCAGCCGAAAUUUUUGACUGCCUGGGCUCCCACUUCACCUGGCUGCAGGCCGUCUUCACCAACUAUCCUGUGCUGCUCCAGUUCGUGAACGGUAUGAAGUGUGUGGCCGGUCUCUGCCCCCGGGACUUUGAAGACUAUGGCUGUGCCUGCAGGUUUGAGAUGGAAGGUCUGCCCCUGGACGAAUCUGACAGCUGCUGCUUCCAGCACCGCAGGUGCUACGAGGAGGCUGCUGACAUGGACUGUCUGCAGGACCCAGCCAAGCUUAGCACAGACAUCGACUGCGUCAGCAAGAAGGUCACGUGCGAGUCUAAGGACCCUUGUGAGCACCUGCUGUGUACCUGUGACAAGGCUGCCAUCGAAUGCUUGGCUCGGUCCAGCCUCAACUCUUCACUGAACCUUCUGGACAGCUCCUUCUGCCUGGCUCAGGCUCCAGAGACAACCAUUGGGAGAGACCUGACGACACCUCUGCCCAGAGCGGAUCCUGCGGAGCCCACAGACGCCAGCCUGACAGCCCUCUCAGGAGAAGUGGCCACUGAGACCGAAGCUGACAGACUGACCACUCCCUCCAGGACAAAACUAGGCCAAGAUCAGGAAGGCAUGGAAGCUGCUAGGACCACAUCGCCUCCAGGAUCUGCUGAGAUUGUCGCCGCAGCUGAAAGUGUAACCCUUGUCCCUGCUGGUGUUAAAUCUGUGGGGCUGGCGGUGUCAUCUGUUGAGAGUGGGCCUGAGGAGACGACAGGCAAAGCCUGUGACAGAUUCACCUUCCUGCGCCUGGGAAGUGGGGACAACAAGCAGGUGAUGCCGCAGUUCGGAGAGAUGCUCUUUUGUCUGACGUCCCGGUGCCCAGAGGAGUUUGAAUCUUAUGGCUGUUACUGUGGACAGGAAGGAAGAGGCCAGCCGAGGGACGCCCUAGACAGGUGCUGUUUGUCCCAUCACUGCUGCCUGGAGCAGGUGAGAAGGCUGGGCUGCCUUCUCGAGAGGCUUCCUCGUUUGAAAGGAAAUGCUUCCCCUAGAAUUUCACAAGACCUCUGCAAGGGUGGGGGGCAGAGCCUGUGCCAGAAGCUGCUCUGUGCCUGUGACCAGACGGCGGCUGAGUGCAUGGCCUCUGCCUCCUUUAAUGAAAGCCUCAAGUCCUCAGGAGGAAAAGAGUGCCCUGGGGGGCUGGUGGCCUGUGAGGACAGCCUGCAUCCAGGGUCCUCAGUCUCUUCCAUGGGCUCCAGCUCCGAGGAGAACAGCGAGGAGGCCCCGCCCCACAUGGAGGGCCACAGAAGAGCCAGGAGAUUUCUGCGGAAGUCACUUGGUCCCUUAGGGAUCAGGCCCCUCCGUGGAAGAUAG